GCUUGGAUUUGGAAGAUCAAAGAGUGAGACUGAGAGUGAGAGAGACAAUGAUGUAGUCGUGUCGGUGGACAAUGUAAGGCGGAAAUGGACCUUGCACCUCAUCAGAGUGUUGCCGUUCAGCUAUUCUGCGAUCGCCUGCGAACAUUGGAUGUUGAUACCGAUGUGUAUUCUGAGUAUGUAGUGGGGAUACUGUUGGACAACGAAGAUUCAAGUGAUGAGGAGGUGAUUCAAGAAGCAGCGGAUGCGCUGUCAGCUGUUGUGCAGGAAGACACAGCUCGAUGCCUUGUGCAAGAGCUGCAUCGCAAUUUGAACAACACCUCUCUGAGAGCCAGAUCCAACACAGAAAACUCUUCUCAAGAAGUGAACUUGCCACCUGACAAUGCGGAUUCCACGGGGCAGCUGUUGAGUGACGACCACUCUGGGCAAGAUGCACCAGAUCCCUUCUCUGCGCAGCUGCCUGAUGGUUCUGAUAAUGAUCCAGAAACCGAUCAGCACCAGAUUGGGUUUGAUGUGAAUUCAGACUUGUUUCCUGGAUCCUCGUAUGUGAACGAGGAGCCAGGUGACGAGUAUGCUGAUGCAGACUUUGCUGCCGCAUUGGAGGAUGAGACUGCUCUUGAGGAGUACUUACAGGAUACGGAUCGCCAGGAAUGGCUGAGCGCAGAAAGUCUACAGACCGAAGACUCCAUAUUCAGUCUACUCAAUUUUCACUUCAGUCGGUCAUUGACGGUCGACGAUUCUGGAUCGGACGAUCAUCAAGACACCAGGAGACCCUGCAUUUUCUUCAUGUCAGGCUCUUGUUUCCGUGCGGAUUGCCAGUUUUCACAUGACAUGCGCAAUAUCCCCUGUCGCUAUUUUGCUAGUGGAUCCUGUUUGAAAGGCGCAGAUUGCUUAUUCUUGCACCAAUCGCCAUCAUUGAAGACGUCCGAGACGACAGCAAGAGAUGAGAACAUUGUUUCUUUAUCUGCAGAUGACUUCCCGUCACUAACUACGGAGCCGCGGGGCACUCAGGCUGCUGGUGCACAUCAGCAGCUACAAGGCUCAAAUUCAAUGUGGACAGAGAAGGUCAAGACUAAACAUAAAGCUGCCGCACAACCGCUUUCCUCGACCCACAGCCCACCAUCAUCUCGCCUGGCCAGGAUGAAAGGCCAGGCCGGUGCAGAGUCUAUUAAAUGGGUGGAUGUUGGCGAAAGCCUCAGUGAACUCUAUGCAGACAUGCGCCAUCAAGCACUAGCACAAGGAUCAUUGCGCAACAAAUGCUUUCAGAAAGCAGUGGAGUCAUACAAGGCUGGCGACAAGGCUGCUGCUCGGCGAUUUUCCCGUCAGGGUCGAUAUCAUGAUGAACAGAUGAAGCGAUUGAAUGAGAAGGCUGCGGAAGAGAUGUUUUGCACGCGCAAUGCAAGCACUGCUAAGAAUGUGAUUGACGUUCAUGGACUGCAUGUCCAGGAAGCUCUGGAUCGCCUGGACACAUUCCUUAGCCAGUUUACAGCCCAUGUCCACUGCAGUAGUGCCAGUAGUGGUAGUAGUGCUGCUAGCAGAGCACAGUAUGCUUACAUCAUUACUGGUACAGGUCAUCACAGUGUACAGACUCGCUACAAAGCAAAGUUGCAGCCAGUCAUCGUGGAGGAGCUACGUAGGAGACAAUUACAAGUAUUUGACUGCAGCAAGGAUGGCCGUGGCGGUUUGUUACGCGUUACAAUGCCGAGCUAACUCUUAGUGGAAAUGUCACGGUGUAGAUGUAGCUUUCUAUUUUUAUCUUUUACUCAGGUUUUUAUGUUCUAGUUUUCACAACAGCACACAUCACACUGAGAUGUCACCUCAGGACAGUCGUAUUGAGUAUUACAACUCAAACGUUGGUUGCUUUCAACUACUUCUACUGGGAGCGGGUGCGUUCUGGUGGUUUUACUUUACGUUCGUGCUUUAGUGUUCUAUCUUCUGGCAUACAUGCAGCAGGCCUACUAGACAUCUCAAUCACUUUUGCUCCUUUUCUUAGAAAGGAGACGGUAGGAGAUCUAUUCUGUUGUCUGAUGCAGCGUAUUGGAGCUUUCGACUAGCAUGCUUGAGAUCCUAUUCUUGUUAUCAUUAUUACAUGACGGAUGAUUAUUUAUAAUGUAGCUGUUUCCCUACAUGCCUAGCACCUACGUGUGCGUGCGUUAGCUAGAGUACUCUUCGCGCAGCCAUGCAUUAUUAUUAUUAUUAUUUAAAUUUUGAAUAGGGCAAUGGUAACCAGGGAGUCGUAAAAUCCCUGAUGGUAACCCACUGAAACCAGGCGUGGACCUUCUCUAGCUCUGCCAUACCAUUAUUCUUUUUGACAUUUUUUUAUUGUUUUUUUAUGAGCUAUACAACUUUCGGAAAAAGAGGAUGGUGCGACUUCGGCGA